GGCCCCGCGGCUGCCUCCUCCCCGCGGCUUUCCCGAGGAGCGGCAGAAACAGAAGAAAGAAGCUCCCCUUCCCUCUAUCUAUUUAUUGUUUCCCCCCGAGUCCUCCCUUCCUGAGCUUAAAGCACUUACUGCGCUUUUCGUGCUGCCUGUCGGUCACCAGCGUCAUUUAAAAUAAACCGCGGCUGCCAACACGUUUAGUUUGGUGCCGGAGGAAGCCUGGCUUGUUCAGCGAAAGUCUCCGGGGGGUCCCGAGGGCAGCCGUGUCCCUCCUCCCCCCGCGCCUUUCCCGGGGGGGUUGGCGGCUUUAAUGCACCUGUUUGCUUCUGUGGGUGCAAGCUGUCUUGGAUGGACCCCAGAGUUUUGGACAGCAUGCUUCCCUACCUGAUGACCUACUACGGGAACCCUCAUUCUAGGACUCACGCCUAUGGGUGGGAGAGCGAGGCCGCCAUGGAGAAAGCGAGACGGCAAGUUGCAGAUUUAAUAGGAGCUGAUCACAGAGAAAUUAUUUUUACCAGUGGCGCUACAGAAUCAAAUAAUAUGGCAAUUAAGGGUGUUGCAAGAUUCUAUAAAUCCAGAAAGAAGCACAUCGUUACUACCCAAACAGAGCACAAGUGUGUACUGGAUUCUUGCCGUUCCCUGGAGACAGAAGGUUUUCAGGUCACGUAUCUGCCUGUUAAAAGAAAUGGGCUCAUCGAUUUGAAGGAAUUGGAGGCUGCACUCCAGCCAGAUACAAGUUUGGUUUCUGUAAUGACUGUGAAUAAUGAAAUAGGAGUAAAGCAGCCAAUUCGUGACAUUGGUGAGAUCUGCCGUGCCCAUAAGGUUUUCUUCCACACAGAUGCUGCACAAGCAAUUGGUAAAAUUCCUAUGGAUGUCAAUGAUAUGAAAAUUGAUCUAAUGAGCAUCAGCGGCCAUAAAAUUUAUGGGCCGAAAGGGGUUGGUGCUAUCUACGUUCGCCGUCGACCACGUGUGAGGCUAGAGCCCUUGCAAAGUGGGGGAGGUCAGGAGAGAGGACUGCGAUCUGGGACUGUGCCUACUCCUUUAGCAGUGGGCCUUGGGGCAGCAUGUGAAGUGGCACAGCAAGAGAUGGAGUAUGACCAUAAGCGCAUCUCACUACUGGCAGAACGACUGGUUACAAAAAUAAUGAAUGAAGUUCCUGAUGUGGUUAUGAAUGGAGAUAGAGAGCAUCGCUAUCCAGGGUGCGUCAAUUUAUCUUUUGCAUAUGUGGAAGGGGAGAGUCUUCUGAUGGCUCUGAAAGAUGUGGCUCUGUCUUCAGGAAGUGCUUGUACGUCUGCCUCUCUGGAGCCUUCCUAUGUUUUACGGGCAAUUGGGACAGAUGAAGACUUGGCUCACUCAUCCAUAAGGUUUGGCAUUGGUCGUUUCACUACAGAAGAAGAAGUAGAUUAUACAGUGCAGAAGUGCAUACAGCAUGUUAAGAGGCUGAGGGAAAUGAGUCCACUGUGGGAAAUGGUGCAGGAUGGAAUUGACCUCAAAAGCAUUAAAUGGACUCAGCACUGAGAAAACAACUUAGCUCUAACCAUGGACUAGAUAGAUGUGGGUUAAAAUGCAUUUUCUGUACAUUCCUGAACAUUCAUUCAAUUCAUGCAGCACUUUGUUUUUGUUUUUUACAUUUACAAUUUGACUGGAAUACUGCCCUUUCUGUGUACAAAGUCUAAGAAGCCAAAAGUGAAACUAGCUUUUAUCCUGGAUAAAAGCAAGAUCCUUUAAUGCUCAUUGUGUUUAUAUUUACACACAGAAAUUUAUGCUGAGACAGAAUUUAUUUGGAAAUGUAUUUUCUAAUGUGAAAAUGAAACUAGCAUGUGCCAGUAUCCUGGCACAGUAGAACAUCCUUUAUAGCUGUUUUGUUUGCAGCAAAGACCCAUUGCCAGGCCUCCAGUUCCUUUUAUUUUUGGCUGAGGCAAGCAUCUGUGCAACAGCAACUGUUUUUUGUGCAGUUUGAAUGUGUUGUAUUGUCAGAAAUUCUCACAGAGGUGGCAGUUCAGCAUUUCUAGAGGAAAAGGAUGCCUCAGCGUGGCCAUAUGCUUUCACAGUUAAGAUGUACAUGCAUUUAAGUGUAAUUUUUCCCCCCAACUCAAGAUUUUUGCCUAUUCCUUGGUUUUAUCUCCAUUUUUUUUCCUGAUGCUUGUACAAUAUGCAUUAAUCCAAAACAUCCUUCACGUUACAGAAUUUACAAUAUGGUGAUGAAGCAGUUUGCUGUCUGCUCCAUUGUGUUUUUCCAUGCAAUUUUUUUCUGAGUAAAGAGAACUUGAAUGACUGAGGGAGGGUGAUAGGUAGAAUAUGUCAGCUUCAGUUGCAGUACCAAUUUUAGGUGGAACAGGAGUGAUGAGUGGGGGGGAAAGCAGAUAAAGUGCAAUGUCCUAAUGCUGUCUGGUUUUGUUUUCUUCCCUUGUGAUGAGUCCUUUGCCAUUACUCAGACUUCGCCUAUGGGCAGUUGGAUUCUGGUUACUUUAGGGAGCCUGUUGCUUCUCCCUUAUUUUUUGUCAGUUGAGCCUGGAUGUUCUGGCUUGAAAUAAGGAUAUGUGGCACUAGAGUUUUCUUUGCACUUCAGGCUUUACUUCUGUCUGGUUAGAGACUUCCAUGGGAAUCCAUUCCCCACAAAUGCUGGGGAAAGUGUGUGUUAAAAUGGGUUUGAUAAGAUUAAUUUGUAUCAGUGUUUCUUCUCUCUUCCCUUUGACCUUUCAGUGAAGUGCCUUUGUACCAGUUGCAUAUGUAGACCACUCUCAAAGAGGUUUGUCGAUUGCCGAAUGCUGUAUUAGACACUGAAUUUAAGGUACUCUAUAGACAGUGCAUGUUUUCAGUUCUGGACGGUAUCUACCUCGAGGAUUAAACUUAGAAUACAAAAGCUGAAGCUAAGUCUCACAAGGUGGAUUGCAUUACAGAACUUGUUCUUUUUUUUGUUACCAAGGUCAGAUUUGGUUGUUUGUAAUGCAAAGCUAAUCCUGAAUUGUUCUCUUUGAAAUUGAUUACUGGCUUCAGUUGUAAUAUUGUAGGGCUGGCACCUUAAAAUAUUUCCUCACAACUUCCAGAUGCAUAACUAGAUUUUAGAGGUGUUGUGUGUACUACAUUUCCUCUUUGGGCCAUGUAUGUUUUGUGGCUUAAGCAUAAUGUAAUAACACUCUUACAGCAUGUUUUAGAACCAUAUUUUUAUGAAAUUGUUCUUUGUGUUUUCUGAACAAUAAAAAUAUAGAUAAGACUUAAA